UCGUUUCAGAUUUGUUUAUCCUUCUAUUGCUUUUACCUCUAUACUUUCAUAAUUUAUAUAGCGCAUCGAUAAUCAGCAUGACUGUCAUUGACACCAUCAAGGACAAGCUCCACCAUCAUCACCAUCACGACAAGCAUGCUGCCGCCGAGCCUGCUGCUGCCCAAGCCCAAACCCAAACCCAAACCCAAACUCCCCCCACGCCUGUCAGCCCAGAAACCAGCAAGGACGCUUCCGCCGCUCCUGAUGUCGAAUUCUCCGACAAACCUGUCUUUGAUGCCAACAAGGUCACUGUGAUCUUUGUCCUCGGUGGACCUGGUGCAGGCAAGGGUACACAGUGUGAGAAGCUCGUUGCCGAGUAUGGCUUCAAGCACCUUUCCGCUGGUGACCUUUUGCGAGCUGAGCGAUCUCGUGAAGGAUCAAAGUACGGUGCGAUGAUCACCGAGUACAUCACUGAGGGAAAGAUCGUCCCUAUGGAGGUUACCAUCAAGCUCCUUGAGAACGCCAUGACCGAAACCCUUUCCACUCCCCCCUCUGCUCCUGGAUGGUCGAACGGCUUUGGUCGAUUCCUCAUCGAUGGGUUUCCCCGUAAGAUGGACCAGGCCCUCAAGUUUGACGAAUCUGUUUGCAAAUCUAGCUUUGUGCUCUUCUUCAGCACUUCUGAGGAGAUCUUGCUUCAGCGAUUGUUGGAGAGGGGUAAGACUAGUGGAAGAGAGGACGACAACAAGGAGAGUAUCGUAAAGCGAUUCCGAACGUUCCUCGAGACUUCCCUGCCUGUUGUCGACUACUACCGCGAACGAAACAAGGUUGUUGAGAUCGACUCUUCUCCCUCGAUCGACGAGGUGUACGCCGUUGUCAAGGGUGAGAUGGACGCCCGUUUACCCAAGAAGGGUCCCGCGUAUGAGUAAGAAGGAUGAUAGAUUCAUGGUAGCGGGCAUUGUGUCCCCUGUUGUUCUCUCAUAGUAUAGAUUAUUAAGAUGCAUGC